AUGGGCAACUCCAGACCCAAUGAUAUAAACCAUCGUGUUCAGCCGUCAGAGCAUAACACCUGGCCUAAUGGCGAAAGAGUCACAAGGAACCAAAUAAAUAUUCUCCUGUCAACCAUUGUCAAAAGAAAUGACUUUCCAUCAGCUUGUGACAAUAACGACAACGAGAACAAAACAUUUGAGAUAUGGUCAGAAUUCACCAACAUACUACUUCCCACGGAAUCGCUCAAAUUAAUAAAGCUAAAGUAUUAUUUCAGAAAAUUUUUUGACCAUAGAAGCAAUAAAUAUUUCAACUACGAUGUUAACGUUCAAAUAAAUGUCAUACAAGCCAUGUCCACAACCUUUCCCGCUGUUACCAUCUGCAACAUCAAUCCAAUCAGGAAAUCACAAAUUGAGAACGUGGCGGAAAUGAAUCAUUUGGUGAAGAAAUAUAACAACAAAAUUGAGAAGUUUAAUUGCAAUAGGAGCGCUUCAAAAUACAAUUUGAUACCACAGUCACUGUUCAAUUUAUUCAUCAAGACGCCGACGACUAUUCACGAUCGAUGUAUUCCAAAAUUCGGCCAAACAAAAGAUGGAAGAGACGAGCGAUUGGAUUUCCAAUUUUCAAAUGAAAUGCAAGAAUUAUACCAAACGUUAAACGAUUCUAUCAAGUAUACCAUAGGGCAUGAUAUUUAUGACCUGGUUGUCGAAUGCGAUUAUUCUGGAGGAUUGUGUGUUCUUGAAAAUCAACAUGGAAAUUGUUUCACAUACAACUCAAUUUUAAACAACAAAGUUCUUAAAUCAACAGUGAUGUCUGGUCCAAAAUAUGGACUGUCGAUAACAUUCAACGUACAGCAGGAAGAAUACAUAGAUGAGAUAUCGCAGACGGCAGGGUUGGUGGUGGUCGUCCAUGAUCCCAAAAGAAUGCCCUUUCCAGAAGAUUGUUUUUCCCAAUGCUCUCACUUAUGUUGGAAUCAAAAUGGAGAUUGCGUAUUCUCCGCAAUUUGCAGCAGCAAAAACACUUCCUCCAUGUGCUGUGCAGCCAAAGAUGCGUGCCUGCUUGUUGAUCCUAAUAAUCUGUCUCCAGUCCUCAUCAAAAACAAUAACUUUGGCAAAUUAAUUGUUUAUUUUGAGAGCCUCUCAUACUCGGCCAUCAGUGAAACUCCCUCCUGUGAGGUGCAGCAACUGCUAUCUGACAUCGGAGGAGUCCUGGGGUUGUACAUCGGCUUCUCACUGCUGACCAUCGUUGAAUUCAUCGUUCUUAUUUAUGAUCUCAGCUUUGUUGGCCUGAGUAAUCGUUGCAGGAAAAAUAAAACAAAAUCAAAUUUUAACCGUCAUAACAUCCGCGGCAAAAGCAGCGACACUUAUUAUUUCGACGAUGCAAUUAAGAACAACGUAGCUACCAUAAAUGAUCGAGUUGGCAUGGGCGUUAACAUUCAGAACAGCAUCGACAAGAACUACUUCACACAUGAAGGUUAUAAGAUCAACGAAAUCACGGAUCAUUUCAAUCAUUAUGGUAAAGAAUGUGGGAAAAAAGUUUUAAAAAUUAAUUCCGGUGAUUGCAAAAAAGAAUUCCCACAAAAAAUCAACGACUGCGAAGGCAUAGUUGGAAGGAAUGAUUUCAAUAGCCGUGGUACACACCAGAAUGAAAAUUUCAUCAUCACAUCUGACCUGGUAGGCAUCUGA